GCGCAGAACAGGGAUUGGCCGGCUUCCUACCCUCUCAUCCUCAUAUAAACCAUCCCCUCACCCUCAUCCAGCUCACUCUCCAUCUACCUCAGAUCCAAGCAAGACGCUCACGUUAACAAGCGAUACAAAACGUCUCUCCAGAACGCCCUUCAUUUUGUCGUCUUUGAGGGCAAUAAGGCAUGAACCAGCAAUUAAUGUAACUUAUUUCAGAGCUCAUUGACGUCGACUUUGUAUUGAUAUCGCGGUUGAAGCAAGAGAUCAUAUUUUGUUCGUCGCCUGUUGUUUGUCGAUUGGUUGUAACUCUUGCCUUCUUCAGAUCUUCAAAGCAACGGGUAACUCCGAAUCGACAAGGUGAGCAUCACACAACUUCCAAGAUCAUCGACGUCCUACUCUGUCACCUAGCCGGUCAUCAUUCGAUCACGAACGUGUUAGUGUUCGAGGUCGUAUAGUCGACGUUCAUCCUCCUCCUCAUCAUGUCCUUGCGAAGGAAAGAAUCAAGACGAGGUGAACAGAAGCGCCUUGCCAACAUGAACCACGCCAACAGCUUCGAUGCAGCGGAUCGUCGUGCCUUGUUAAGACGGAUGUCUUCCUCUGAUGUCCUCACUAACGCUCCUAUGAUCUUCUCCAUCAAGAAUGAAUUGGGGAAUCUGGCAAAGGUUCUAAAACUCUUCAAGGAAAAUGACAUCCGGGUCCUUCAUAUCGAGUCGAGAAAGGCUCACAUGAGCUCGGAGCUGGAGAUCUUUGUCGAUUGCGAGGGAAAGAAGAAGAUGCUCAAGAACGUCAUGGAUUUUAUGAAGGACGCCAUGUUACUGACCGAGGUUAUGACCCCGUCUUCCAGCACCUCGGCCCACAAGAAAGACGCCGAGAAUAAUGCAGCAGAAUGGAAAAAUAAAGUGCCCGAUUUCCCCCGCAAAAUAUCAGAAUUGGAUAAAAGCGCGAAUAGAGUGCUGACAUACGGAGAAGAGUUAGACGCAGAUCACCCGGGUUUCACAGACAAGGAAUACAGGCAACGGCGGAAAGUCUUCGCAGAUAUCGCAUACAAUUACAAACAUGGCAAUAUCAUUCCUCGUGUUGAGUACACCGUGCAGGAGACGAAAACAUGGGGCCAGGUAUUCUCCGAGCUCAACAGAUUGUAUCCAACGCACGCAUGUGAAGAGUAUAUGAGAAACUUCAACAUUCUGAAACGGGACGGCGUGUACAGGGAGGACAAAAUACCACAGUUGGAAGACGUCUCAAGGUUUCUCAAAGAUUGUACUGGUUUUCAGAUCAGACCGGUUGCCGGAUAUCUAUCCUCCAGAGAUUUCCUAGCCGGUUUGGCGUUCCGGUUAUUCCACUGUACACAGUAUGUCCGCCACUCCUCGGAUCCACUUUACACACCGGAACCGGAUUGCUGCCAUGAUUUGCUCGGCCAUGUUCCUUUGCUCGCAGACAGAAGUUUUGCUCAAUUUUCGCAGGAGAUUGGUUUAGCUUCUUUGGGUGCUUCAGAUGAAGAAAUUAAUAAGCUCACAACGUGUUAUUUCUUCACGGUGGAGUUUGGGCUGUGCAAGCAGGACGGCCAGACGAGAGCUUAUGGGGCUGGUCUCCUAUCUUCUAUCGGAGAACUCAAGCAUGCUUUAUCAGAGGAAGCCAAGGUAUUGCCCUUUAACCCCGCUGUGACAUCCAAGCAGGAAUGCUUGAUCACGACCUAUCAGGAAGCUUACUUCAUCUCAAAGAGCUUUGAAGAAGCAAAACAACAAAUGAGGGAAUUUGCAGCAACCAUCAAACGCCCGUUCGAGGUACGCUACGACCCCUACACAUCCAGUGUUGACGUCCUGAAGUCACCGCGUGAUGUUUGUGACGUCAUCAACAAUGUCCGAGAUGAAUUGACCAUCCUCAUGCAGGUCCUUGUCAAACUGCAAGCGAAAUUUGACAAUUGAAAUUUGAA